CUUUCCUUUUAUUUACAAGGGCUCUUAUCCUUGCACUUCACUGUUGACCAGUAUCAUCAGAUUUUUAUUUUACGUGAUUUGUAGUACAAUCGAAAUCUUCGUGAGUGACCUACGGUACUACAAUUAAGCGCAAAUACAGAACUCCACGUCCAGAUUAACUGACGUGUGUUCCUUUUCGUUGUAAAUUUCAUCACACUGAAUUUACAGAAAUGUCUGGUGAGAACGGUUAUCUUCCCGAACCCAAAGGGUUUGCAACAGCUGCAAUUCAUGCCUUUCAAGACCCAGAACAAUGGAGUUCGAUGGCGGUGGUAACGCCCAUGGUGGCCUCCACGACGUUCAAGCAAUACGGCCCCGCGCAUUAUAAGCAAUUUGAAUAUGGACGUUCUGGAAACCCCAACCGCAACGUUUUAGAAAACUGCUUAGCCACUCUGGACAACGCAAAAUAUGGAUUGUGCUGGGCUUCCGGCUUGGGCGCUACCAUGGGAAUCGCCAGUCUUUUCAAAGCCGGGGAUCACAUUAUAUGCGGGGACGACGUUUAUGGGGGCACAAAUCGCCUCUUCAACAAAGUUUGCACGAAACUCGGUCUAGAAAUUUCGUUUGUUCACGAAACUAAGAUCGAAAGUGCCAUAAAAGAAAACACCAAACUAAUUUGGAUUGAAAGCCUGACAAAUCCGACUCUCAAAGUAAUCGACAUUCCUGCAAUUGCAGCCAUCGCCCGCAAACACAAAGUGUUGCUGGCUGUUGACAGCACUUUCGUAACGCCGUAUUUCCAACGUCCUAUUGACUUCGGAGCCGAUCUCGUAGUACACUCCAUUACAAAAUAUAUCAACGGCCAUAGUGACGUCAUUAUGGGUGUCGUUCUCACAAAUAACAAAGAUCUCUAUGACCAGCUUAAAUUUCUCCAAAACUCAAUGGGUAUCGUGCCGGCCCCAUUCGACUGUUACCAAGUAACAAGAAGCAUCAAAACUUUAGCUUUGAGGAUGAAACAGCACAUGAAGAACUCCCUAGAAGUGGCAAAAUUUUUAGAAACACACCCGAAAGUCGAGAAAGUUUUGCAUCCGGGACGUCCAUCUCACCCCCAACACGAGUUAUACAAAAAACUGACUUCUGGAUGUAGCGGGAUGCUAACAUUUUACCUUAAGAAUGCAUCCCUUGAACAUUCUCAACGGUUUCUGAGUUCUUUGAAAGUAUUCACUCUGGCUGAAAGCCUCGGGGGUUACGAAAGUCUGGCGGAAUUACCGUCGGUAAUGACGCACGCUUCCGUUCCCGAAGAUCAGCGGAAAGUUCUGAACAUCACCGACAACAUGAUCCGACUGUCCGUCGGGUUGGAAGACGCCGAAGACUUGAUCAGCGAUUUGCAACAAGCUCUGGAAAAAGUCUAACUUUUAUUAUAAAUACAAAUCUGCAAAAUACAUUGUGACUAAUACCACAAAAUAUAUACACUAUGCCGAACAUA